UGGGCUCGUCAGUUUGUAUCACAGACUCGGUUCGAUCGGUUGAAUUUGUUCCGUAGUGCUGCGUUGUGCUCUUCUCGUAGUAAUAGAAAAAAAGUACUAUACUACUGAUAAAGUGUACGCGGGUGUAUGUAUUUGUGACGACAGGAAGUUACACCCUCUGCGCCUCCCACAUCAACACAGUGUCCUAACAGUGCGUUUGUCACAUAAAGGAUUGCUCCUUCAGCAGUCGAACGUAUUUUUAUUUUCCUAUCACAGUCUUUGAGUGUGUCUGUGUAUGUGUUUUUGUACAUAAAUUGAAGCAAAAAAAAGGUGCACCCUUAGUGAAAAGUUGUAAAUUCUGUUGCACAUCUGCAAAUAUUAUACUGCACAUGGUUUUACGAUAAACACGCGUGGAAAUAUCCUUGCCGAAAUAGAGGCCAGCCAACACACACACGCGCACACGCUCACGUCACGUACGGAGUGUAGGAAUUUUGGAGACGGGCGGAUCGCGAGGAUAACGUAGUAAAAAUUGAUUCUCUUGAUGCACAUCCUCACAUUUGGAGGAAUUUAGAGCACUCGAAGGCUGCUAGAGCAUUCGCGUUAGAGAUAGAAGGGAGGAUAUAGUGAAGUAAAGCUCCCGAGCAAGCAAAGAUAUGAGUAGUAUUUUCUUAAGUUCCUGACAUUCUUUCACGUUACAUUAUUUCAUCGAAGUCAACCAUCAAACAACAGUCCCGCUGGCCUGCCGCUGCCAGAGUGACGAAUUGCCCCAGACAAAUUAGUGUGUGAUACCGUAACGGCCAAACGGCGCAACGGUACGAGUUCGGCGUUCGUGCCCCGCAAAACAAUAACAACCGGACUGAAGUUUCGUACCGGGUCUAGCCCUCCCCCCUUCCAGAGCAAAGCACGCCGACAACCGGCGUUUAUUUUUCGAGCGCUUGCGUCUCCACCGCAAAAGCCUCAUCAAUCAUCAAUCAUCCCUCUCAAAAGUUAGUCGAGACCUCGAGACACAAAGCACCACAGCACCGUUGUCGGCAUCAUUCAGCCAGACACGCACGCGGACGAGAAGAAAGAAAAACGACUACAGUAGGAGAAGUACCUACCUCUCACGGGGUGACCGUUGAUUGAAGCACCACACCGGUGAAAAGCCAGCCUGCAGGAAAAUUGACCGCGAAAACCAAAUAAUAACCGCCCAUCAUCGCACCUUUUGUGGGGCCGGCACGAACUUUGGCGCGCUGAUUCACAGCCAUUACGAUGCAUACUUGAAAACGAUGAUUGUUGAACUGUAGAGAAACUAGUCAAUAGCACAUGCUGAUAAGCUGCAAGUAGUUGUUGUUAGUCACGCGUAAUUGCGACUGAUUGUGAUACAGAUUUUGUUUCACUGAUAGAGCGAGAAAGGAUCGGUUUUGCGGAUUAGGGCAAAAUUGUUUGUUUGUUGUGAUUCAGUUUGAAGCAAUCCGAAGUGAGUUCGCGGAGAAGUGGAACGCGCUACUGGAAGCUGGUGGAGCCGGCGGCGGGGGUCUCAGCUUGAGUGACCCAGAGCAACACUUGCACAGCGAUAACGACGGCGACGACGACAGCAUGACCAACUCACAGCUAUGGUUCCGCGGGGUGCGUCCAUCCAAGUUUCGCCACGUAUACGGUCUUCCGACGCGCAAGGAGUGCUGCUACACCGACAUCAGUGUGGUGCGGAGCGGCAACGAUGGCAACUUCUGCGCCGUUAAUCCUACAUUCCUGGCGAUCGUGGCAGACACAACCUUCGUGGUCAUCCCAAUCAACCAAACGGGACGAAUCGACUUCCAGUGCUGCCGGGUGAUAGGUCACACCGGCCAAAUUUUGGAUCUCAAGUGGAAUCCCUUCGACGACAAUAUGAUUGCGUCGGCGUCCGAUGAUUGCACGAUAAAACUUUGGAAGAUUCCGCCAGGCGGUCUCACCUGUAAUCUGAGUGAAAGCACAAUGGAGAUGGUCGGUCACAAGCGAAAGGUUCUACAGAUUGAGUGGCACCCAACGGCAGCCAACAUUCUCAUAAGUGCUGGGUUUGACCACCUCAUUUGUUUGUGGGACGUGGGCAGUGCAGACACACCACUACUAAAUGUAAUCGAUUGUCACGUGGAUAUGAUCUACAGCUUGGCCAUCAACAGAGACGGAUCACUGAUUGCAACCACCUCCAAGGAUAAGAAACUGCGGGUUAUAGAGCCAAGAAGCGGUAUCGUUGUUUCGGAGGGUGUAUGCCACCAGGGCACAAAGUGCUCGAAAGCUGUUUUCCUAGACAACAACCGCAUUUUGACGACAGGCUUUUCGCGGCACUCGGAUCGGCAGUUUGCGGUGUGGAAUCAACACGAUUUGAAGAAACCAUUGGCACAGGAAGUGAUAGAUAGUUCGAGUGGAGUGGUAACUCCGUACUUUGAUCAUGACACAAAAAUGAUCUAUUUGGCUGGCAAGGGCGAUGGUAACAUUCGAUACUAUGAGUUGGUCGAUGAGGCACCAUAUGUGCACUAUUUGAACCAGUUCCUUUCGGGACAGCCCCAGAAAGCGUUGGGAUUUAUGCCGAAGCGGGGAUUAAAUGUUUCCCAGUGUGAGGUGUUCCGGUUCUAUAAGAUGCAUGCAACGGGAAAUGUGUGCGAACCCAUAUCGAUGAUUGUCCCGCGCAAAUCCACCCUUUUCCAGAGCGAUCUCUAUCCGGAUACGUUGGCCGAUGUUCCGGCAAUCGGUGCCAAAGAGUGGUACCAGGGCCGCAAUGCUCAACCGUUGCUGAGAUCGAUGAAGACAGGAGAGUCAAUAUUGGAAGCAGCCAGUCAUAAGACUCGCAGUGAAAGUAAAUCCACUAACAGUCAUCACAACAAGACCGGCAGCGUUCUCACUAACAACCACGGUGCUAUGAACGGAAACAGUAACAAUACGGCCAACGGGCCAACGAUGAACGGAGGCAACUACACGAAUGGUGGCGGAAAUUUGACGCCAUUGGCUAACGGAAAGAACAACAAAGAAAACGAAAUGGACAACCGAAUUUUGGACAACACUACGAAGAAGUUUGCAUUCCUUGCUCAACCAACUAUACCGGACUACAGGCCUCAGGCGAUAAUCGAGAAGAGUCAAAAGACGUCGACGAACCAGAGCACCAAGUUCCACCAGCUGCAGGCAAUUUUCGGACAGCAUCAAACGGCGAACCACAAGGACCUUGCCAACCUGCAGAACAACAUGCUCAGCGGCUCGAGGAACAGCUCGCGCAACAGUUCGCUGGAGAAUAUUAACCUGUUGAAUUCGGAGAAUGAGCUCCGAAAAGCGUUCAACAAACAAACGGAGGAGAUCAAGAGCCUGCGAAAGUCACUUCACAACUCGGAAAAGCGAGUACGCGAUCUGGAAGCCGAAGUUAAGCGGUUACAGCUGCAGCUGAAACGCUAGAGUGACCACCACGCUUCCAGCUUCUAGACAAGACCAGAAGGUGCAUAUGCCUCUCAUCACCAAACACACGUCACGAGGCGUGUGUUGUGGCCAAAAUCAAGAAAAGACACAAAACAAGUAUAUUUUUGCGCUCUCCGCUAUCCGUAGCAUUGCAACUUUCUAUAUCUACCAGGAAAAAAAACAGUACGAAGCAGGUAAUUCGUAACGAGAUUAAAAAUGGUAUCAAUAAUAUAUACACAUACUUGAGUGCGCUCACAAUUGCAAAACAGGACAUAAUAUUGAAAGUUCUUUUUCAAGCUUUGCGAAAACAAAAAUGUGAACAAUCUGAUCAACUGACUCUCUUGUAAUGGAACGCAUUCCUGUGUAACACCACUUAAAACAUAGCUUAUACAUAUAGAGAACCGAAUAUGUUCGAUUCCAAAAUAGGAACCGAAAAGUGCUGACACUGCGUUAAAAAAGAAACAUGGAUUCGCUUUCAUCAUCGCUUGCAAACUCUAAGCACGACGAAAGCGUUAGAUAAACAGAACAAAAAUCGGUUCCGCAAUAUGCUCUCGUUGCACAGAAAAAAAAAACAUAAACGAGAGCGUUUUAUUCUUCCGCCAGGCUAGCAGCAUCUCAUCUUUCUAUGCAUAGUGCGCUUUGUACAUUUUUUUUUGGCAACCAAAGCCGGCGGCAGCAGCAUCAAUUAUUUUCGUUUCAUUCACUAACUUUGUGUGUUCCGGUUCCGGACACAAUGCCUAGCUUUUCGAUGAUAAAAAAUAUAGUGCAUUUGUUUCGUGACACCGUGCUUUGCGUAACGAAAAAUAAUUGACAGCAUAAUGUGGGGGAAGGGAGGGGGAUACAUGUGAUUGAACAUUAGCUUAAGCAAUUGGGUGGGUGGGUGUUUGUUGCUGGCCACAGUAUAGGUCGGCUUUUUUUUACUUGGCAACAGCUUCUUUCGGAAAUUUGCAUUUGAAUUUGUAAACCGAAGAAAAUCAAGCUUAGAAAUAACCUAGUGGAUAUAUUUUGUAGAAGUUUAAGGAAUAGGAAGACAUUGGGUCAACAACGGACAAAUAAACACAUCCUCUCUAGUUACCACACCGGAAAUUAUACACCGUGUUGUUCGGGAAUGGAGCCGCGAAACACCGUCCUCUAAAUUGUGAGCUAACAUGUGGGGACAUGAAUUUACACUGUGCUGGCCAAAACACAAAGUACACAUUUCAAUUAAACCCUCAAAUUUUGAUUGAUUUUUUGUCUGGUAGAAGUUAUAAUUAAAAACAAACAUUGGCUGUAAUUUUAUCAUUUUUGUUUUAAUUUUGUUUAUAAGCAAUUUAUAAUGGCUCUUUUUUGCCUCCUCCUUCCAAACCGGGGGUGGACUCUUGUUAUAAGUUAGUUAAGUUUUAGUUUUCAUUUGACACUACUCCCUAAGACGUAAGGCGCUUUGAAGUUGUAAUGAUUGCAAUAGAACCGAACAAAUGAUAAACUGUUUCCGCAGAGCGGGACAGCGCUUAUGCUUACCAUAACAGAUAAAACGAAAAAAAAUAACAAUAUUUUCCAGAGGCCAUGCAUUUUUCAUAUUCUAUAUAUAGUGCCAGCGGAAAGCGUAUAUUUUGUGACAACGUUUCUCUGCUUUUUAUCCUUACACAAUCGUAUGCAGUAAACAAAAUGAAAAACAUUCCCAUAUGUGGAGCAAAUAAAGCAAAUAACCUAACACCCGAAAAGAAAAAAAAAACUGUAAUAGACCACAGUCUCAAUAAUAGGAAGGCAAUAUGCAUUUAAACGAUGUAUCCGUUUUACUAUCUAAGCUUUUUUCGCACAAAUCUGUCUUAGCAUCAGCAUUGAUGCUUUCGAGACCAACUUCUUCAGAGCGCUAAGAAAAAAAAACAAACAAAAAGAAAAGCACACACAAAAAAGACAUAUGUAUAUUGUGCAGGCGAGCGAUGCUCGAGGUGGGAAAAAUACAUGUAAGACUACCCUUUUAGAA